AUGGCAACUUCGACCAUUACCUCCAUAGCAUACAACGCGAUUAACGGCAACGGCGAGGGCGACGAGGGUGACGAGGGCGACAAUGACCGAAUGCGACAAAACCCAACACACCUUCCAGAAAUCUUGCUCCAUAUCGGUCGUCACCUCUCGCAGGGCGAACUCACCAGCUGCGUACGCGUCUCGCAUGUCUGGCACUAUUACCUCGAACCUUUACUCUGGAGCAAUGUGUCACUCACCCAUCCGCCUCUAAGCAGCCAUAACAGCAGCAACAGCAGCAACAAUAACGACCGCAACCGCCACCACGACCAGUACCGAGGCAUGGACCACAGCGCCCAUGAAGCCUCGGUUGUCAAGAACAUUCGUCACCUGCGAUCCCUUGACAUUAAGCACCAUAGCCCCUUCCUGCGUCACCAAUUGAUCCCCUUCCUCCAAAACCGACUGUUCAGUCUGUCUGCCGAUGAGUACAACUCGGCGGUGCGGCAGAUCCUAGAACAAAAUGCGCAAUCCCUUCACACGUUUGUCUGCAGGAACGUGACGAGUCGGCAACGACAACACCAUUCUCUCCCGCAGCCUGCUCAUGAGGCGACCGAGCUCUGGCAGACACUGUUGUCGGUCACAUUCCUGUCUGAGCUGACGCUGUCGGUGGCCUGUGUGUAUACCAGUGACUUGGAUGUAUUCUUCCAGAUCUGUGAGCGGUUGGAGGUCUUGUCGUUGGAGAAUGGGUCUGUUGCAAGUCUGUCGCCUCACAUGAUGGAUCCGCUGACGAACCUGCGACGAUUGCUCCUGCAUAAAGUGAGCGUUAGUCCCCUUCGAGAGUUGGAUUUCAUUGCCAAGUGUCCAAACCUCGAACAUCUGGCCUGGCGACCUCUGGACAGCACACCGCUGAAUCCGUUCAUGUUCCACUUCGUCACUCUUGCACCCGAUCGCCUCGCCAGGAUCACGUCUCUUGACGUCUCCCAGAGCGAUCUUGUUGACAAGCAACUGGCGAUGAUCCUCACUUCUGGGUUACAACUGAGACGACUGAUCGCAGUCCAUUCGCCGUUCGGAACCUAUUGUGCCGAUCAGGUCGUUUGUUCGAUGGCCGACACGCUCGAGGAACUCGAUAUUCGACAGUGUCAUCUCAUGGUUCAGAACCCGAUGAUCCAGACCAUGUUGAUGACAUGCAAGCGGCUUCGAUAUUUCCGUGCGGACGAAAUCUCAGUGAACGACAUGAGCAAGAACACCUUCUUCUCUAACCCGGCCUCCGCAUGGUCUUCGCCGCGAUUCGCAAGACCUGGUUCUUCUAACGCCGCUGGAAGUCCUAUGGCUGGAGGAGGUAUGGUGGUUCCGGUUCCGACCUCGGCUCCGCUGUCGUCGAUGAGGAUGCUGGGCAAGGCGAUUCAAGGGGAAUGGCAGUGGGCUUGUUUGGAGCUGGAGGAGUUGGAUGUGACUUUUGUUGGGAGCAACCUUCAGCAACAUUUGCUAUCGGCUGGACUGGCACUGGUCUAUUCCCAAUUGGUACAGUUGACGGAGCUCCGGCGGUUGGAGUAUGGCUGGAAGAGCGACAGUGAUGAACGCAGACUGCCCUUGAAUUCGGGACCGACAUUCGGGUCUGUUGAGAAUGCUAUAGGACUGAGUUCGUCAAGAGGUUCGCCCCCAUAUUCGACAGCGUCAUCGCCCUCAUCCACAUCGUCAUCGUCCUCAUCGUCACCGUCGAGAUCGCCAGGAGGGUCAGGGACACAAAAGUCACCCCACUUCAGGGCAGGACUCAGACGAUUGUGGAAACUGACACAGCUGAGAGUGUUUGAUGUGGAAAAAGUCCAGGACCCGGAUUUUUCGGUGGGCGAUGUUCGGUGGAUCGGCAAGCGUUGGGAAGGACUGAGAAGGAUUCAAGGUAGACUGAGCAUGGAUCCUGUGACAGAGUUGGCUAUCCAGGAGCUGGUACAGAAAGAGUUUCCCCACAUUACCCACAUCCAUGACAAUUAA